UGAAUGAAUGAGCCGGAGCGGCGGAGCCCGGCUGCCAGCGGCCGCGCUCACCGGCCCGGGACGCUUCCGCAUGGCCCGCGAGGAGCCGGCGCCCGCGGCGGUGGCGGCGGCCGGGCAGCCCGGAGGCGGCAGAGGCGGCGAGCGGGCGCUGCAGGGGCAGGGGGUCGCCCGCAGGGGGCGGCCGUCGCUGAGCCGCGCUAAACUGCACGGGCUGCGGCACAUGUGCGCCGGGCGCACGGCGGCCGGGGGCUCCUUCCAGAGGCGGGCGCUGUGGGUGCUGGCCUUCUGUACGUCCCUCGGUUUGCUGCUGUCCUGGUCCUCGAACCGCCUACUCUACUGGCUCAGCUUCCCGUCGCACACGCGGGUGCACCGCGAGUGGAGCCGCCAGCUACCCUUCCCCGCAGUCACCGUGUGCAACAACAACCCGCUGCGCUUCCCGCGCCUCUCCAAGGGGGACCUCUACUAUGCCGGCCACUGGCUCGGGCUGCUACUGCCCAACCGCACGGCGCGCCCGCUCGUCAGCGAGCUGCUGCGGGGCGACGAGCCGCGCCGCCAGUGGUUCCGCAAACUGGCGGACUUCCGCCUCUUCCUGCCGCCGCGCCACUUCGAGGGCAUCAGCGCCGCCUUCAUGGACCGCCUGGGCCACCAGCUCGAGGACAUGCUGCUUUCCUGCAAGUACCGCGGCGAGCUCUGCGGGCCGCACAACUUCUCCUCCGUGUUUACAAAAUAUGGGAAGUGUUACAUGUUUAACUCAGGAGAGGAUGGCAAACCUCUGCUCACCACAGUCAAGGGGGGGACAGGCAACGGGCUGGAGAUCAUGCUGGACAUUCAGCAGGAUGAGUACCUGCCCAUCUGGGGAGAGACAGAGGAAACGACAUUUGAAGCAGGAGUGAAAGUUCAGAUCCACAGUCAGUCUGAGCCACCUUUCAUCCAAGAGCUGGGCUUUGGGGUGGCUCCAGGGUUCCAGACCUUUGUGGCCACACAGGAGCAGAGGGUGGGGACUUACUGGGGACCUGACUCCUUCUGGCCGGGAAUCAAUCUGCCUUCUGCUGUCAUUCAUGGCCCUGGGGCUCAGCCUUCAACCUCCCUCCAAGUUCAGAAGAGGCUCCAGGAGCAAAGAGAGCUUACGUACCUGCCCCCGCCGUGGGGUGAGUGCCGAUCCUCAGAGAUGGGCCUCGACUUUUUUCCUGUUUACAGUAUUACCGCCUGUAGGAUUGACUGUGAGACCCGCUACAUCGUGGAAAACUGCAAUUGCCGCAUGGUCCACAUGCCAGGGGAUGCCCCUUUCUGUACCCCUGAGCAACACAAGGAGUGUGCAGAGCCUGCCCUAGGUCUGCUGGCGGAAAAGGACAGCAAUUACUGUCUCUGCAGGACACCCUGCAACCUGACCCGUUACAACAAAGAGCUCUCCAUGGUGAAGAUCCCCAGCAAGACAUCAGCCAAGUACCUUGAGAAGAAAUUUAACAAAUCAGAAAAAUAUAUCUCAGAGAACAUCCUUGUUCUGGAUAUAUUUUUUGAAGCUCUCAAUUACGAGACAAUUGAACAGAAGAAGGCGUAUGAAGUUGCUGCCUUACUUGGUGAUAUUGGUGGUCAGAUGGGAUUGUUCAUUGGUGCUAGUAUCCUUACAAUACUAGAGCUCUUUGAUUAUAUUUAUGAGCUGAUCAAAGAGAAGCUAUUAGACCUGCUUGGCAAAGAGGAGGAUGAAGGGAGCCACGAUGAGAACGUGAGCACUUGUGACACAAUGCCAAACCACUCUGAAACCAUCAGCCACACUGUGAAUGUGCCCCUGCAGACAGCCCUGGGGACCUUGGAGGAGAUUGCCUGCUGACACCCCUCGAGCCACCCAGCACCCCCUCCAAACAGACCUUGAGGCCCAAGACCCAGGACAAGGAACAGAAAGCUCAGGUGGGAUGGCCCCUGACGCUGGAAGGAAGCAAGAGCCCCUAUGCACACAUUGCAGACUAGCUGCCUAGACCUCGCUCUGGCCACGUCCAACGCGACGCGUCCUUGGGUCCCGCCGUGCGUCCCUCUUAGGAGAGACGAGUCACUCUGGCACUGUCCAAGAACAAACCUGCCAUCACAUCUCACUGCCAGAUGUAUAAAGCACCUGCAUGCUCAGACUUCUUACGGCGCCACCUCCACGUCUGUCUUGUACAUGACAUUCCUCCACGCGGUUUCCAUUGUCCACACUGCUGCCCGUGCAGUGGGACCAGAUUCCAGGUCCAGAGUUACCAUGAGGCCACCCUGGAAUCAGAACUGCACAAUCAAGAGGGAACCGCGGGACUCAGCUACAUUCAGUUCUUGUGUCGUUUGUGAAGGUUCUUAACCUGACCACAAACCCCCUUUCCCCCAAGCUGGCCCAUGGGGCUUCAGCGCCAAAGGUGACCCGGGCCAACCUCCCUCCAGCCCUGGCGCAGCACAGCAGCCAGAGGACAGGGGGCUCUCCUGUUCACCCAUGGUGCCCAUGUCGUUCUCUUCCUGUGACACAACUUGUACAGUCUGAUUCUUUUUAUUUGGGGUCGGGGGGCUUUUCUGUUUGUCUGAUGGAGAUUUUUGUUUUGCUUUGUUUUAUGCUUUUUUUAAAAUUUUGAUGUUCUGAGGUUUGGUUUGGCUUUUCCAUUUUCUUUGGCGUUUAUUUAUUCGUGCUUCAAAUCACAGUCAUAUUAAAAGCUGGUCUUGUGGAA